AUGGUCGUGUUGCCCUAUCGUCUUCCGCGUCGUAGGGACUAUGCCGUUAUGUGUCGGGGUCGUUCAAGGAGAGAGAGGGCGUCCAUAGAGGAGACCCGGGCUCUUUAUCUUCAUCUAAUUUCAUUUUCCUUUCAUCUGUACGCUCUUUUCUCUCUCUCUCUCUCUCUCUCUCUCUCUCUCUCUCUCUCUUCUUCUCUCUUUCUCAUCUUAAUUUUUUUCUUAUUCCUUCUUCGUCUGUCUUUUUUUAAGCAGGGAAUGUUCUUCUUGUCUCACAAUUUUUUUUUUUUUUGCUAUGAAAUUCGCUCUUGCCUCAAUUCCGGGAUCAGCAAGCAAGCCCCGCGUAUCCAUCAUCGAACCGUUCUCGUAACCCUCGCCACCCCCCUGCUACUGCCCAUUGUCAUCUCAACUGGCGCCCGGCAGCGAACGACAUUAUAUAAUAUAUUCUUUAUCCUUUCACUUACGACCCCUCAGUUGAAUAACCACUACGCCUUUCUUUCUCUUUUUUACUCUCUCUCUCUCUCUCUCUCUCUCACUCUUUCUCUCCGUAUUUCUAUCUUUUCUCUUCGUCUCAGUCUCUCCGUGUCUCGCCAUUUUUACUGUCCAUCGUCCUAUCUUUAA